UGGCUGGUCGAGGGAGUGGUGGUCGCUCCGAAUAACGAAUUAGGACAUUUUUCUCGUAUACUUUACGUUGCCAGUGCACUACCAUUAUAGAGUCUCACAAUAGCCAAUUAUCUGCAUCAACGAAGACGUUAUUUGACAACGUGCAGGGUCCAUUUCACACGAAAUGGUCCAUAUUAAACACCCAUGCUUCCACACGUCAGCUGAGUGUGCAAGCUUUCGUGUAUAUCUGCCUGUGUGCCACAGCUACCUUCUUUCCUCAACAACCUGUACUCCGUACAUGUGAGAGAUCUCACCACCUGCUUUAGCUUUGGUCAACGAUGAAGCUUAUAAGCCCGUGGAGGACGGUCUUCGGUGUCGUGCCUUCUGCAAAUCAGUUACUUGGCGAAGAAGGGUGGAGCGCGCACCUUCAGAGAUUCUUAAGUUCUUUAAAACAAGGAAAAGGAAUUGGGUCGAUGAAAACGCGAUCCCUGGAGGCCCCCCACAAGGCCAUUUUUGUAAUCGUAGUUAAUGGGCUUGGCACAGGAAGAAGAGAAUGGUGAAGCAGGCUUCUCGUGCGGAAACCGCGUCGUCUUCCGCGCGAAUUGUCAUCCUGCAUACAGUCAUCGUGAGAGCCCCGCAAGCAAAGUUCCCGAGCGAAGUUCCAUGACGUCGUGUCCAUUUCCAUUUAAAACAACCGUGGUCCUUGUUCUGUUCACUGUGGCUGCGGAGUCCGUGGUCAUGAGCCCAAGCUUGGAUCAAGGUCCCAAAAUGUGGUUCUCACAUCGUAGUCUCCCGCUGCUGCUGCUGACGACCCAGCGUGGCGCCUCCUGGGUGGGACGCCAGUACGCCCCCUAUGGCCCCCCUAGAACGCCCCUUCUAACCUAUUCGUUUAUGUGCCACACCCACCUCAGGCAUAUGUCUAACACAGCCAGUUCCCGGGCAUCGCUGUCUUCGCGGCAGACUCACCAAAGUUCUUCCAUAUCUCCGCCCCAAGGACCCCGUUACUUUCGCAGCUUUCGGUGGUUAACCAUCCCAUUAGGGCUUGGAUUUGCAUACUUUGCAUAUCAGCACCUCCGCUCCGCUCACAAUGGUGACAAGGCUUCGCAAGUCAUCGCCUCUGACCUUCAGGUGUCUUUCUAUACCAUGCUUCCGCUCCGUAUGGCUUCGAGGUGGUGGGGUUGGGCCAACGACAUUGAGCUGCCUCUGUGGGUCCGAUCCCCCAUCUUGCGUUUCUUCUCCUGGAUGUUCUGCUGCAACAUCAACGAGGCAGAAGUUGAUGACCUCCGACAGUACCGAAACCUGGGGGAAUUCUUCAGACGCACGCUCAAACCUGGACUCCGGCCCGUCCAUGCAGGAGAGUGUGUGGUGAGCCCAGCAGAUGGCACUGUUCUUCACUUUGGACGCAUAGAGAAGGGAUUUGUGGAGCAAGUAAAGGGAAUCACGUACUCCUUGCCACGUUUUUUGGGACCUCAUCCUUGGGAUCCUCACUGUCUUCACAGUGGAGACGAGGAACAAUACCAUCAAAAACUUCUGGAGAACAAAGGUACCGAGCUGUAUCACUGUGUAGUGUAUUUAGCGCCAGGAGAUUACCAUCGUUUCCACUCUCCUGUGCAGUGGGAAGUGCAGCACCGCAGGCAUUUUCCAGGUACCCUACUAAGCGUACGCCCAGGCGUAGUAAGUUGGAUUGCAGGCCUUUUUAAUAUGAACGAGCGAGUCGUGUACAUGGGCCAUUGGGCUCAUGGGUUCUUCAGCAUGACAGCAGUGGGAGCUACCAAUGUGGGGUCUAUCAAGGUGUACUUCGACAAGGACCUAGUGACAAAUACCCGCAAGUAUAAGAAGCACGCUUUCCAGGAUAAGUGUUUCCAGUCUAAUCACAACUCUGAAGGGGUUCACCUAGAAAAGGGGGAUCCCUUCGGAGAAUUCAACCUGGGUUCAACCAUAGUCCUCAUCUUUGAAGCACCUGCGGGCUUUAAUCUGCAACUCCACAAAGGUCAGAAGAUCAAAUACGGCGAUUUGGUUUGCGAACACGGAUCUGCAAAAGGGUGAAGCCUCGGUCGAUAUCUCGAUAAUCUACUCUUGCUCCUGGUACGGGGGAAAAGUGAACUCUUGGAAAUAUUACAAUGAUGCCAAUUACGAGAUUGUUUUUAAUGUAACGUGAAAAUAUAUGAUACAGGAAAUUGUUUUUAAAAAAACAAACACGACACUUCUCGUCAUGUGAAUUCUCUGGAAAAAUUUGCGUGACAUGUGCCAUCGUAGCAUUGUUGUGACAUCUAGAGUUGCGUGAAGCUUCAUGGCAGGCAGCGUGGAGCCGUACAUUGCUUCAUAUGACUAUGCCUUGACAUUGUUUAAAGAAUGUUGCUGUACUGAAACCGUUUAAUGCAAACUGCCCAUUAAUGCUUGUGUAAGAGUAGAUAGUCUUUGGGUUGUCAGUAGGCACAUUUGGACAUGGUCCUUGCAGAGAAAUGUGCGAAGGACCUGCAAAGUGUUUUACAAGGAUGGCACACUUCGCAUGCUCAGUUGCAUAGCGUGCGUGGUUACAUGAAUGGCCAUCUAAUGCUAGAAAUGUGCUGGCCAAAGUCUUAGGAAGCUUCCAGGUGUCCACUAGAUAAUGACGUAGACAAUGAUUUCAGUUGUCACUUUCGGAAGACAGGGUUCAGCCCUCAAUCAAGUAUAUAGUCUUUCCAGUGGUCGGUACUCAGGUAAUUAGAGGUUAGGUUAGUUUUAUGACGCGCAUUUGUGUGCUCAAAUCGGCUCCUCGUCUAUUAAAAUUCACAGGAUUCCGUAAUGGAAACAGUGAUGGCUUUGGUCCAUUACGGGUUUCCACCCCUUCCACUUUUCCAUGCAGUAUACACAUAUUAAGCAUUAAACUGAAGGGCCUAUUAUCCCGUCCAGGGUGUCCAAAGUAUGUUUUGGGUUGUUUUUUUUAAUAAGAAAAUAUCUGCCAGUGAUAAAUCAGUACCUAAUACGGGGAGGUCUGUCACACCUCCUCAUCUGAUAUGUGUAACCUUGUGCCAGUACAUGUGAUAUUUAUAAUUGUUGUAAUCUUACAUGUUGCAUUCGAGCGCAAAGCGGUCCUAGUGGGUGACGCUCUCUACGCUGCUACGCAGGGCUGACGAGAGAAAUUACGGUCCCCUGGGAUGAGCCCUGCCCGGGCCCCCCUCCUCACGUCUCGCUAACCUAAUCUGAGUAUUUCUGGCUAUAUUUACCUCCCGAUAUUUUCUCUGAAAAAAAAGGGGGGGGGGGUAUAACCCGAUAUUUCCCCGAAAACUGCUUGACUAGGGGAAUCCGAAUAGUGCAGAACUUUGGAAACUGUGUAUUAAAUGCACGAAUAUGCACAUACAAACUGUCAAAACAAAGACCCUGCUGCCUCUUAGAUGCAUAGACUAAAUAUUGAUGCUCUGUGUCUACUGGUGUGUCGUGUAUUAUGCGGAGCACACCAAACAUUUACGCCUGAUCCAAUCCGAUUCAACCAGAUUUCGAGUGAACCGGGUUCAGUUCAACCCUAUUACACCCGAAUUAUUGAAGAAAAAUACAACGAGACAUUUCCCCCCUCCCUGUUUUGCUGGAAAAUAUAACCCGAAAAAGUCAGGCCCUAUUUAUAUAUGAUUACGUGUAUCUGCCGUUUCUCGGGACGUGUCCAUCAGCUCACAGUAAACAGCACGUAUUGGCUUAAUCCCUGGUGCUAGCAACCAACGGGCCUUGAGUAGGGCAGGCCCCUGAAGAUGCCUGGGGCUGCGUCCCCGGCUGACCCCCUCUCGCCGGCCCUGCUGCAUCGCUUUGUUUUUGCGUAUUGUCAUGUCAGCUGAACAUCUCUGCCUGUGCACUGUCUCUUUUUACAUACAUAGUCAUUGUUACGUCUGUUUCUUAAUGGUAGGAAUAACGGUAAAAACAUUCGAGGGAAGCCACUUGCAUAACCGAGCAAAUUGACCAGAUUGCAUUGGAAUACCUUUAUUGGCAGUAUGUAGAAUUAUUUUCAUGGAUUACAUAAUGAAGGGCACGAGCAAAUGUGGCUGUCGUCGCUGUUGAGCAAAAUGAGAGUGCCUUUUUAUUUAUUAGAAAACUAUGCCUUCAUCAUGUGGCGUGCAGGUCAGCCACUGUUGACUGGCACAGUUAAUCUCCUAGGUCAGGGGCCUAAAACCUGAAUCAAGUCACAUGCCGUGUUGACCUUUGGCUACAUCAUAGAGGGUUAUAUCUACGUGAUAGAUUUCAUCAAAGAAAUCUGUAAUAGCAUUAAAAUACCCGCAAACUCACAGGAGCGGUCUCUAUGUUGCGGAGCUGGAUGGUGCAUAUGUAAUGUAACUGAAAGACCCCACUUUAUGUACCAGAGAUCUGCUAAAUAAGUGAGCUGCCUCCACGAUUGAGUUGUUGAAAAAAAAUAUAUAGAAGGGUUGAAGAAAGAUAUGUAGUUCUUCACAUACAACUAUGUCUGUCUUAUGGAGCACCUCUUUAGGCACUCCACGGCUUAAAUUGCCAGUUCUUCACUAAACUUAUUUGAGAAGGCAGCUUCCUUCUGUUCGGUAGUCAAAGGCCACUAGGCUGCAGAACGCCUGAUUACGGGCCGCAUUUUUGAGGUCCCUGUGCCCUAGGUGGUUGGUGUAGCGGUAUGUUUGUGAGAGGGGUCUUGCAUUUCUCUUGAUGAGUGCGGAACUGAAAUGGCACUCGUUAUUUUCUUAGGGAACGGGAACUUUGUAUAAGUGUGGCACAUAUGGUCACACUGGUAAUAGUAUCUCCAAUGUGAGAAACCAACUCAGUAUUCUACAUGUAUAAUGUUUUAUAUGUGCAUUUCUCGCCUUAUUGAAGCUCUCUUUGUGCUGUGGACACAAAUGCCGCAGGCAACUGUUGCGCAUUUCUGUCAUGAAUGGCGUGGUUGAUGUCGUAGCCUGGACGGAACGUGAGAGUUGUAGUGUUGAAAGUGAAGUAGUUUCCUCCGUCGUAACGAAGCAUCAUUUCCAGAAUAUUUGUACGAAACAGUCAGUCUUGACAGAGCGUGUAAAGGCAUAAAACGGCGCUAAAGUGGAAAAAUUUGUCCUUGCGGAAGAAAAGAUGGCAUUACGUCGUUGACAUUGAUACAGCAAGAAUGGGAUUCACCCGUGGUGUCAUUUGUGAUUCACGCGCGAAUGGAACCAGAGGGAUUGGAAGUCCCUCGCCAAAAGGGGGCGAGGGGCAAAACGUAGUAAAGUGAACACACGCAGAAUGACUCUAACUACAUGCUACGACAGCUUCACCUUACAGCAUUCAAGGGAAGGGAAUUCAUUAGGAGAGAGAAUACCAGGCACCCUGCCCAAUCUCUGUGCAUGAGGGGGGGUCCGCCCCUUGCCCCCAACUUCCGAACCCCCUGAACGAAACCGUAAAUUACGCUUUCUAUAUUCUCUCCUUCUCACAAAAACGCGGCAGUGUGGAGCGGCCUGUCAUUGGUUUCCUAGGACGAUUUACCCAAUCAUCGCGGGAGGUCAUUUGAGGAGAUCAACGGUAGGCCGCUCCACAUUACUGCGCUUGUCGAGAAGGAGAGAGCAGGAAAAGCGCAAUUUACAGUUUCGGAAAGGGAGGGCAAGGGGGGGACCGCCCCACCUUGCGCUUAGACUGUGGGCUACCACCAGCUACCUUAUUAACGGUGUCCUUUGCGCACAAAUCACAAACGACGCGACGGAUUAAUCUCGUUCCUUUUGUAUUGCUGUCAAGGUAACUGCGUCCUUCAUUCUGAUGAGAUAAAUUUUCCCCACUUUAGUGCCCCGUCGAAGUGCAGAAAUAUAAAACUUUGCCAAAUGA